AUGAUCCAGAGUGAAGGGGGAUCUCCAUGUAGCAGUUUGAAUUGUUUCUAUUACAGAGUAGGUAUUGACGGUUCCGCCUAGGCUUAUAGACACUGCCUUGUGUGUGGCAGCUAUGGCUGAGCGGACACCCUUACUCAAUUACCGGCUGUGUACAGUGCCCGAACUCGGCAGGAGCACCGCUGCCGGGACCAGGAAGGAGGCUCAGCAUCCCGCGCCCAAAAAGCUGUCAACUUUCUUUGGAGUGGUUGUUCCCACUCUGCUGUCGAUGUUCAGUGUGGUGGUGUUCCUACGGAUAGGUUUCGUUAUUGGCCAAGCAGGACUGUACCAGAGCAUACUCAUGUACGUUGUGGCAUAUUUCAUCAUAAGCAUGACUGUACUGUCAGUGUGUGCUAUAUCUACUAAUGGAGCACUGGAUGCUGGUGGUGCCUACUAUAUGAUCAGUCGAGCUUUGGGUCCUGAAUUUGGAGGCAGCAUUGGAAUCAUGUUCUUCUUUGCUAAUAUAUGUGGAAGUGCUCUCUAUGUCUUGGGACUUGUUGAGUCCAUUGUUGACAUUUUUGGAUUGUCACCAACAGGUAGGUUAGUGAGUUUAAAUAAUGGUCUAAAUUCUGUUUCAGAUUUUGCAUUUUUAUUAAACAUUACACACUUAAUUAUGGGGACUGGUAUUCACAUUACAGUGAUACAUGUUGGCAAAUAAAGCCGAAAAAAUGAGAAUUAAUUGGUCAGCUAAUAUAACAAUAAGGACCUGGUGCCUCCAUGCUCUGGACUCAUACUGAAACCACAAAUGAGUUGGGUUACAGUUGGAGCAGGGGCUCUUGUCUAUCACUGGUUAUUCUUAUGUAUCUUUUGAAAGGAAACCAUGGGUGAAAAAUUGUCUUAGCUGUAGAAACAACUCACUUGUAGUGUUGGUAACAUUUUUGAAAAUCCUAGAAUGAAGGAGUGGACAUUGGGCAGAUGUUUUUGUUAGCAGCAGAGACUAGGACCUGAGGGCACAGAUUUAGAGUAUAAGGAACACCCUUCAGAACAGAGAUGAAGAGAAACCUCUUCAGCCAGAGAGUGGUUAAUCUAUAGAAUCCAUUCCUACAUAAGUCUGUGGAGGCCAGGUCAUUAAGAUAGAGCUAGAUAGGUUCU